UCAGUUAGGGUGUGAGAAACUGAAAUCAGUUCAGUUCUUCUUAGCUCUUGUAUUCUGAUUAAACUUGAGGAUAUUGGUAAAAUGAGGAUCCCAGAUUGUUUAUAAGAGGCAGCAUAAAUAUACUACUGAAGAGGAUUCCAGGGAAGCUUGCUCACCCCUUACUUAUACCUUUUAGUCUUUGUAUUUUAGAAAGGAAUUUGCAAGGUUUAAACUCUCUGCUUAAGAGGAAAAGUAAGUAGUGAAUCAGAUAGUAUUUUGGAAAAAAAAAAAAAACACCCCAGGUUCUCUGACUUCAAGAUGUCUUCUCCUCGGACCUGCAACCUUAGACUACUGGUGGGAAUGAUUUGUAUGUUCAUAACCACAAUUCUUCUUGGGCUGUGCAUUUGGGUGUUCGUGACCAUCAUGAAAACAGAAACUUCACUCACACCUUCUUUUAAUUUCUGCAAGAAUGGGGGCACCUGGAGGAAGGAUGGAUGCUUUUGUCCAGAACAAUGGACAGGACUGAGGUGUACUAUAGUUAAUUUCUGUAACAAAAGCUCCUUUGGCCAAUUCAGUUUCGACAUUAUCGUAGUACACAAAUUUGGACCUUCCAUAGAGAAAUGUGGAAAGGACACCCCAAAUGCGGGCUUGCCAAAGGCAAGUAGGUAUUGCAACAAGACCAUUUAUGGUGACAUAAUCUUAGGAAAUGUCUCAGAAGUGAACUGUAACCAAAGCCUGGAGACACUGGCAGCUCAGGUAGAAAAUAUCCCAGAACAAUCUCUUAACAUUUCUAUGGAAGUCCAGCUUUUAACCUCCGAUACAAACAAGCUGACCGCUGAGAAUGUCUCAUCUGCUAUCACUGUGGUGCAGCAGAUUUUCAACCAGUCCAGAAAUGCAACAGAUGAGGCAAAGAAAAUUGCAGUAACCACAGUAAGCCAACUUCUAGAUGCCAAAGAAGCUAUUUUUGAAAAUUCUAGCAGCUUUGUAAACCUCACUAAAGAAUUGGAGACUUAUUCCUCGUCUUUGAUGAAUAAAUCUAUAGUCCAGCCCAACAUUGCCCUUCAAUCUGUUGACCUCCCCACAGAAAAUACUUCACAGCCUGUAGCUGUUCUUUUUUCUGUUCAAAGAGGAACUAAUAACAUUCUGGAUUCAAAACAAAUACAAACAGAUAUAAAUAAGACGCUACAACUAGAGGACCAAAUGGAGUUGCAGGUCCUAAUCAAUACCAUACAAGACACCCAUAAGAAACUUGGCUUUGUUCUGUAUCAAAAUAAUAAAUUUUUCCAGUCAAAAACCUUCACCAGCACAACAAAUUUUAGUCAAAGAAUUAUUGCAGGCCGAGUUGCUGAUGCUAAUGAUCCAGAGGCAAAGAAUACUUCUGUUGAAAUAAUCUUUAAACCAAGGUACAAUGAGUCUCAAUUCUUGCUGAAUACAUAUGCCUGUGUCUUUUGGAACUUUGAAAAAGAUAACUGGGACACUUUUGGGUGUAAAAAGAAACCCAUCAAUAACUCUCAAUUCGUUGGAUGCCAAUGCAACCACACCACUAAUUUUGCUGUAUUAUUGAAUUUUAAAAGAAAAUAUAAUUAUCCUGACUCUCUCAAUAAGAUAACUAAAUUUGGUUGUGGAUUAUCCAUUGCUGGUUUGGCUCUUACAAUUAUAUUUCAGAUUACUACCAGGAAGCUAAGAAAGACUUCAAUUACUUGGGUGUUCGUGAGUUUCUGCACAUCAAUGCUGAUUUUCAACAUCCUCUUCCUCCUCGGAAUAGAAAACUCUAAUAAAAAUGAAAAUAAGACUGUGCAACAUAAAGAUGACAAUGUUUUGUUUUUACGUGAUAUUACUUCUCCAAAAAAUCAUAAAUGCACAGUGAUGGCUGUCUUACUGCAUUAUUUUCUGCUAGUGACAUUUACUUGGACAGGACUCAAUGCUGUACAACUCUACUUUCUUCUGCUCAGAGCCAUGAGGCCUCUCCCUCAACAUUUUACUCUCUUUCUAUCUCUAAUUGGAUGGGGAGUACCUGCUAUAAUAGUGUCUUUAACAGUGGGAAUUAUUUACCCACUUAAAGGGGAGUUUGGAUACCGACGAGAGGAAAUAUGUUGGCUUGCAAUCCCAGACAGCUAUGUAGAGAGUCCAUUGUUGUGGUCACUCAUUUUACCUGUGCUUAUCAUUUUGAUCACCAAUAUUGUAAUUUUUGUUAUCAUCUCAGUCAAAGUUCUGUGGAGAAGAAAUGAGAACUUGACCAGCACAAAAAGGAGCUCAUUCACAAGGAAGAUUCUUAGCACAUUAUCCAUUGUUGUAGUUUUGGGGCUUACUUGGAUUCUGGGUUACCUAACGCUAAUAAUGGAUGAUGAUAUAAAAAUCAUCUUCAACUACUUAUUCUGCAUUUUCAACUCAACACAGGGAUUGCAAAUUUUCAUCUUCUACACUGUAAAAACAAAGGUCUUCCAGAAUAAAGUUUCUGAUAUAUUCAAGUCAAUAUCAUCUACCACUGGGAAGAUGAAAAUGCCUUCUAUGAAGUCAAUUUCCCUACAUGCACAGGUGUAUGAAAUGAUAAGGUCCUUUCCAAGCAGAAUCGAGCACUUCAGGCUGUUUGAUCCAUCUCCAACUUCUGAGAAGACAAUCAUUUCUGAAAGUAACCAAAGUAAUUCAUGCCACGAAACUGUAAUAGUAUAACUUUGGUAACCUAUUUUUGAUAUAUCAGAUAUGAAUUUUAAAUGAUUUCUCCCCUUUCUCUUAAUACUUAACUUUACUAGGCUUUUUCUUCAAUAUUCUUUUAUUGUAGGUAAAAAUAAAUAGAUAGAGCCUUUCAUACUGAGCCAUAAGUAGAAUUUUUCAUGCCCAGGUCAAGCUUCAUACACAUAAAAUGGGCUUCGGACGCGGAGUGUGAAAAUGCCUGAAAAUCAACUUUUAAAGACAAAUUCAGCUCAGAGGAGGGGCAGAGAAGGGGGGAAAGCCUCCACCACAUAUGGUAACUCCCUACUUUAGUUAAUUAUUCUUGUGAAUCAAGGCUACCUCUGUUAUUCCGUGGUGCUGAAGUACCAUCAGAAUCUUAGGGCUUUCCAAAGACUGAACAACCUAGGAUUAAAGAUUUAUAAUACGUGCCACAUCAUAUAAGCUAAAAGUCAAUUGUGAUUAAAAAUAAAAAUAAUUACCUUCUAUUGUUUAAUGGAUGCCAUUCUUUACUUUUAGAACAACAAAAAAGAUGCUGCUUAGUUCUAUUACUGAUGUUAUGUACAUACUUAACUUUGGUUUUAUUUACAUUUUAUUCCCAAUAAAAUGUUUUAUACCAGG